AUGGAGAAGCGGCCGUCCUCUUUCCUCUUAAUACGCAGUGGGGCACAUAACAAUUGUCAUCGCAAAUGACUUCGCACGGACAGGCGUGGAGAACUGUUUCCGCCCUCAUGAUGGCUUGAUUUAUUACAUACGCGAACAACUUGAUUGAGUUAUUUUAAUGAUUUCCUGCUGAGAUCCCAUUUUGUCCGUUUGAUAUUGUUUAAUGAGGUUGUCGAGAAAAUAUACCUAUUUAUCCUCCUGAGACCACGUAGUGAUUAUAUGCUCUUUGCUGAGACCCAGAAGCAAUUGUUUUGUUUUUGAAUGUGGAACCCUUAGUUUUUGUUUUUUUUUUUUUUUUAUACCACUACGGUGGCAAACAAGCAUACGGCCCGCCUGAUGGUAAGCAGUCACCGUAGCCUAUGGACGCCUGCAACACCAGAGGCAUUACAUGCGCGUUGCCGACCCUUUAAAAACAUGUACACUCCUUUUUUGAAGAACCCCAUACUGUAGCCCCUUGGGAAAACCUCGGCAGGAAGCUUAUUCCACAGCCGAAGCGUUCCUUAGUUACAUAAUAAAAGUUCAAAAUAGAUUUUGGAAUAUGUACAAAAAUUUGUACUCAGGGUCUUAGGAGGUUGUAUAUUUUUUUAAUCUUGAUACAUUUCAAUAAACGGUUUCUUGUUAUAAAAUGCAAUUGAAACAUAAAAACGAACAUAAAACUAAGUGCACCAUAUUUUAUUGCUUUCUUUCGGCGCUCGAUAAAACAGUUUAGCCGGAUCUAUAAGUAGCGUACGGAACCUUUUAUGAUGUCCAUCUUUCUUCUGCUGUUAAUGGUAGAGUUCACCGUGGGUGCAAUCCGGUCCAAGAACGAUCUUCGCGUGUACGCCGGUGAAGACGACACCAAAGGCCAAUUCUCCUUCGCCGUUAUUCUGAUAUACGUGAAAAAUAACCUCAGGUUCUGCACUGGAAAUCUCUUAGACUUCAGCUGGGUACUCACGUCGGCCCACUGCGUAGAAACCCGGACACCUUUAGAUAUGUCAAUCAAAUAUGGAGACUUCACUAUGUUAGAAACUAAUAAAAUCGCAAAAGUAUUCCAAAUAUUCCUCCAUCCGAGCUUCUCUCACGUUCACGGUUUUAAUGAUAUCGCACUGAUAUUCAACGAGAAAAUUAAUGGAUUACCGUUCGGGAAACUCCUGGCGCUUGAUUAUAAAACGUUGUUCGGGCUGCCUGUCAGGUACGCCGGUUUUGGAAGAAUAACCAAGGAUCUCAGGCCCACCAGCCACCUUGACAUUUUGGAAGAGCAGUUGAUUCCGCUGCAAGUCGGUAGAGGUGUAGUGAUCCCUUGCGAGUCUUACGAGUCGUUUAAAUAUAGUACGCUGUGCAUAGCACCGAGAUGUACCAAGGACCACCAGCAGGCUCGUUCGGGAGACGCCGGCGGCCCGCUCAUGUAUAGAGGGUGGAUCAUCGGAAUCGAGAGGUCUAUCCUGACCAAAGAUAACCUAGCCAUAACACAGUAUAUACCCGUUAGUUUAUACGUCGUUUGGAUCCGAAACAUAAUGCAAUCUGUGGGCAACUAUACGGGAAGAGUUUAAUGAUGACGUUUUUUUUCUUAUUUGCUACCCGAAUCCUUCGCUGGGAUAACAGUGCAACAAAGGCACGCCUUUGUGCGUAAGUGUUCAGUAUUAUUUUUAGGUAUAAAUACAAAUACCUAUCUAUGAAUGUUAUUGUUUAAGGUAUAUGUAAUGUGGGCCUUGUCUCCUAAUGUAAAAAAUAAAAAUGGAAUAAAACUUUAAAUCGUAAUUCUAAAGUCAGCCUCUGUAUGCUGGGGUCGAUACCUCGUUGCUUAUUAUUAUUUUUAUUAUAGCUUUAUUUAUCCAUACAUUUAUUUACAUGUUUGAUACACUUUUUAGUUGAUAUAAGGUUUAUUGUAUGGCCCCUAUAGGGUAGAAAGCCUCCUCCAUCUUAUUUCAUGUUUGUCUGUUUUAAGAUGUGGUUACCCAGUUUUUACCAGCUGUUUUUACAACAUCGUCGCAUCUUGCCUUUUGUCGUUCAUCUCGUCUUUUCCCAAUUCUUUCUUUCUUCCCAUCUUUUCUCAUCACUGGCCACUGUGAACUGGGGCCUUUAGGUUUUCAAGCCACAUUUUUGUCAAACUCGACUUCUGAUGAUGGAUUAUGAGGAAUUG